UUUUCCCAUGGCUUGUAAAAGGGGAAAGGAACUGGCUUCCCCUGAGAGCUGCUGUCAUGGCAGCCUGACUCGUCUUAGAUGUCUCCUGCGCUUUGGUUUUGAGAGAGGGGAAGAGGCAAACAGGGGAGAAGGGGUGCGUUUAGUUGUAUGUGCACCCAGUGGAGACGGCUGUGCCGGUGCAGGGUGACCGGGGAUCAUCCAGCAGGUGCCAGGUUGGUGGCUGCGAGCAGGUCACAGCCCUUGGUAUUCUGUGGUAGCCUCUGGCUGGGGUGGAGGACAUGAGACUGCAGACAGCGGGGCGGCUGCCAAGCUGUGACGGGGCUUGGAGGCAGCCCUGGGCACGGAGGGUCAGCAUUUUGGGCUGGGUUUGUGGUUUGGUGCAUUUCGGGCCAGAUUUGUGGUUCGGUGGCUGGGGACAGAGGGUUGCGCUUGGCUUGGCGCGUGUUUAUGUCCACAGUUAUCUCAUGAGAGACCAUGGUGGAGGCAAAGAGAGGGACAGCCUGCGUCCCCAGGUCCUGGCUUGGACACCGUGUUGGGGGGUUGUCCCCUUGCCUGGUGCACCGUCCACAUGUGGCACGUCUUCAGCCUGGCUCCAUCGUGGCGUGACACUCUCGUCCUUCUCCUUCCCCCAGAACGUGGCGGAAUAUGACCUCAAGGACAUCUCAUACAAGGUGAGGAGCCCCACGUGCCACGAACUGACAGUCCUCGGCUCCUCGGACGAGCCCAUGGUGUUUAACUUCGAGGAGGAGCGGGAGGCGCAGAAGUGGUGGACGAUUGUGAGCAGCUCCCUGCGGGAGGUGCAGAAAGCCUCGGACAGCACGCUGGCAUCCCAGGCCUCAUCCCUGCCCGCAGCUGCCGGGGGCGUCUCUGCAGAUCAGGAUCCAGAGGCAGCUCUCUCCUUGGAGCUCUCCGAGAAAGAGGACCUGGCCCUCCACCUCGCCCAGGCAAUCGAGUACGGAGACGAGGAGGUGGCCUCGCAGUGUGCCGUGGCCCUGGCUCGCCAGCAAGCCACGCUCAGUAUCCUCUUGAAGGAGUCCAACUACCCCACGGACGAUAUCAGCAUGAAGGUCGGCGUGGAGGAUGCAACAUCUUCCGCAAGCAUCACCAUCAGGGUCCGUGCUCACACUACAAUAGCAACGCUCAAGCAGCAGGUCUUCCAGGAUUAUGGGUUCCACCCCUUGGUUCAGCGCUGGAUCAUCGGGCAGUGCCUGUGCGUGGACGAACGGACCGUUUCCUCCUACGGCAUCCGCAAGGACGGCGACACCGCAUUCCUCUACCUGCUCUCGGCGAAGAUGGCCGAGCUCACCGAGCAGCGCUACGAGGAGGACCAGGCGCAGGUCAUGCUCAGCUCCACCUCCUCGCUGACCGACGCUGCCGGGGAAAGGCGCAAAUACAACACCCUGCCCAACAUGUCUCCAAAGAAAGGCUGGGGAAAUGAGGCCGGCAGGAAGAUGGACAUCGGUGAGAUCAGCCAGCACUUGGACACCCUGCAGAUUGGUGACCUUUUCAGUGCCCAGCCAAAGCCUGCUGCCACAAGUCUGCCUUCGCCAGUGCCGGCGGGCUGGUCGUGUCCAAAAUGCACCUUCAUCAACAAGCCCACGCGGCCGGGCUGCGAGAUGUGCAGCACGGACCGUCCUGAAGACUACGUGGUCCCCGGCAGCUACAAGCCAGACGAGACAGAGCUGUGGAGGAUGCAGCAGGAGCAGGAGGGGAUCCUGCAGUACCAGCAGGCGCUGGAGGCCGAGCGGCUGAAGAACUUCCAGCAGCUGCUGCAGCUGGAGGAGGAGGUUCUGGUGCCCAACCGGGAGGUGCUGGAGUGUCGCAUCUGCUACCAGCGGGUCGCCCCGGGCGAGGGGGUGCUGCUGCGCGAGUGUCUGCACAACUUCUGCAGGGAGUGUCUGCGCCAGGUCAUCAACUACAGCGAGGAGCCGGAGGUGGCCUGUCCCUUCCGCGACGACUCCUACGCCUGCAGCAGCCACCUCCAGGAGCGGGAGAUCCGGGCGCUGGUGUCGCCGGAGGAGUACCGGCGGUUCCUGGAGAGGAGCCUGGUGCUGGCAGAGCGGCGCAGCCAAAACAGUUUCCACUGCAAAACCACCGACUGCCGGGGCUGGUGCAUCUACGAAGAUUCGGUCAACGAGUUUCGCUGCCCCAUCUGCCAGGCCCUCAACUGCCUGCUCUGCAAGGCCAUCCACGAAGGGAAGAACUGCCGCCAGUACCAGGACGACCUGCAGGUCCAGGCGCAGAACGACUCGGCCGCCCGGCAGACCAACGACAUGCUCCAGACCCUGGUGCAGAUCGGGGAGGCCAUGCACUGCCCCACCUGCCUCAUCAUCGUCCAGAAGAAGGACGGCUGCGACUGGAUCCGCUGCACCGUCUGCCAGACCGAGAUCUGCUGGGUGACCAAGGGGCCGCGCUGGGGGCCUGGGGGUCCUGGGGACACCAGUGGCGGAUGUCGGUGCAACGUCAACGGACAGAGGUGCCACCCCCGGUGCCAAAACUGCCACUGAGCCCCUGGCUGGCCCGGGGGGGCCCACUGGAGGCAGCCGGGGCCGGCAGCCGCUCUCCUCACACCGAGGGCCGGCCCAGCGGGGCUCAGAGCCGGCACCGCGGCCGGAGCGGGGCCCAGAGACGCUUGCGGUCGCAGGGGAGAGCCACGUCCCGCAACCGGGAAAGGAGAGGAUGGAACCGGGGUGGGGAGGUGCCGUGGGGUCCUGCACCGGUGGGGAGCAGGUUAGGGGGGGGGCUGCACGAAGCCUCUGCUGGCAGCAGAGCCCCCGUGGGGGGGAGCGGCACAUCCCGUCCCAAUAAAGCCAUCUGUGUGCCAGA